AUGGCCUCACAGAGCACCAGCAUCGUCCCUUUGACGGCGGAGGAAGAAGACCGUAUUAUUCUUGAACGAAUAACGAACGAUGAACGGCCUCUCCGACGCGUGAUGAGGAAACUACAGAACUACCACAAUGUUGCCUACCCUCAUCUGUUCCCAUAUAUGGCCGCCGCGGACGCCUCAGGCCCGACAGUGGACAACGCGAAGGAGGCUCUCAUAAUAGAACUCGCGUCGUUUCGGCUGAUGUUGCGGAAAGGCGCGAUGAUAUGUGAGGCGGAGGCGCGGCAGGUCGAAGAGUAUAAGAAAGAGAAGGAGAGGAUAGAUCUUGAGCAUGGCACUCUACGCGGCCAAAUCGAGCAGCUCAAGACAAACUUGGAGCGCGAACAAAUGCGGCGGCGGCGAAAGAUGGAGUACGACUUUGUCGCGGAGAAGGUCAACACGCUGCCCAGCCGCGAAGAGCUCGAGGCGAGCAUCCACUCGCUGGAAAACGACAUGACAACAAUCCGUGCCGAACACGAGGCUCAGGACAAGGCAAUUCUCGCACAGCAGGCCGCGCUCGACCAGAUUAUCGAGAAUUUAGAGGCGCUGAGGGCACUGGGCCGUGGUGUGGAUCAAGACAUUGCAUUGGUGGCCGGAGAUGCAACUGCUGACACUCCCGCGCCGGAAGAGGCUCCGACCGAAGCACAAACAACGGAAAAGGUAGAAGAGGCGGAAGAGGGUGAAGACGAGAGCAACAAGCAAAAAACAGAAGAUGAUGACAUAGAGAUGGGUGAACUGGAAGAACCUGAAAAAAAGGGUAAAAAGAAACGAGACGAAGAGUUGGAGGAGGGUGAGGCCAGCGACAGCAGUGAUUUGAGUAGUAUAUUAUCAGACGUCCCAGAAAAUAUCUAA